GCCGCCGCGGAGUGUCCAGCCCCGGGAGUCCGCGGGAAGCUCGAGCGACGGCCCGGGCGAGGGCCGGGCCCGGGCGGCGUGCCGGGCCAUGGAGGAGCGGCGCGGGGGCGGGCGGCCGAACCCCGAGCCCCAGGCCCGGCUGCGGAGCGGAGAAGCCCGCGGCCGGAGGCGCCCGGGAAGCAGCUCGGGCGCCGAGAGCCAGACGAACGCCCGGACGCGGGCCCCGGCAGCUCCCGGCCGCGACUCGCGGCGCCCGCGGCAUCCCGAGGACCGUCACGACGGCACCAGCAACGGGACGGCACGGUUGCCCCAGCUGGGCACUGUAGGUCAAUCUCCCUACACGAGCGCCCCGCCGCUGUCCCACACCCCCAAUGCCGACUUCCAGCCCCCCUACUUCCCCCCGCCCUACCAGCCUAUCUACCCCCAGUCGCAAGACCCUUACUCCCACGUCAACGACCCCUACAGCCUGAACCCACUGCACGCCCAGCCGCAGCCGCAGCACCCGGGCUGGCCCGGCCAGAGGCAGAGCCAGGAGUCUGGGCUCCUGCACGCGCACCGGGGGCUGCCCCACCAGCUGUCGGGCCUGGAUCCCCGCAGGGACUACCGGCGGCACGAGGACCUCCUGCACGGCCCCCAUGGGCUUGGCUCAGGACUCGGAGACCUCCCGAUCCACUCCUUACCUCACGCCAUCGAGGACGUUCCGCAUGUAGAAGACCCGGGUAUUAACAUCCCAGAUCAAACUGUAAUUAAGAAAGGCCCCGUGUCCCUGUCCAAGUCCAACAGCAACGCCGUCUCCGCCAUCCCCAUCAACAAGGACAACCUCUUCGGCGGCGUCGUGAACCCCAACGAAGUCUUUUGUUCAGUUCCGGGUCGUCUCUCGCUCCUCAGCUCCACCUCGAAGUACAAGGUCACGGUGGCGGAAGUACAGCGGCGCCUCUCACCGCCGGAGUGUCUCAACGCUUCGCUGCUGGGCGGAGUGCUGCGGAGGGCGAAGUCUAAAAAUGGAGGAAGAUCUUUAAGAGAAAAACUGGACAAAAUAGGAUUAAAUCUGCCAGCAGGGAGGCGUAAAGCUGCCAAUGUCACCCUGCUCACAUCACUAGUGGAGGGAGAGGCCGUCCACCUCGCCAGGGACUUUGGGUAUGUGUGCGAAACUGAAUUUCCUGCCAAAGCAGUAGCUGAAUUUCUCAACCGACAACAUUCCGAUCCCAAUGAGCAAGUGACAAGAAAAAACAUGCUCCUGGCUACAAAACAGAUAUGCAAGGAGUUCACCGACCUGCUGGCUCAGGACCGAUCUCCCCUGGGGAACUCGAGGCCCAACCCCAUCCUGGAGCCCGGCAUCCAGAGCUGCUUGACCCACUUCAACCUCAUCUCCCACGGCUUCGGCAGCCCGGCGGUGUGCGCCGCGGUCACGGCCCUGCAGAACUAUCUCACCGAGGCCCUCAAGGCCAUGGACAAAAUGUACCUCAGCAACAACCCGAACAGCCACACGGACAGCAGCGCCAAAAGCAGUGACAAAGAGGAGAAACACAGAAAGUGAGGCGCUCCUCCUGCCCCGCCCCCUGCCUGCGCCGCCUCCCUGGCCCCGGCGCGCCCACCCACUCCAUCUCCAUCUCCAUCAUCUCCAUCAUCUCCAUCAUCGCCAUCUCCAUCUCCAUCACCCCCACCACCGACCACCACCGGCAGGUGACAGCUCCGGGAUCAGCAACCCCCCACUGCUGCUACUGCUGCUGCUGCUGCCGCCGCUGCCGCCACCGCCUUCGGUCCGGAGUCUCGGGGUCCCGGGGACAGCGCUCCACUGUGAGCGGGGCGACCCCGCAGUCUCAGGCCCCGGCCCAGACUUCCUCCAUCAGCACCAACUCCCCUUUGCCCUCGUGUGGAGCCUAAGAGAACAGAACAGGCCGUGAAGCCAGCAAAGAAAAGUUCUGUCCGAGUUUGUGAACCUUUUUUUUUUUUUGUAAAACUAACAAAUCAACAACGACAACAAAAAAAUUUAAAACUUUUUUUUAGAAAAAAGAACGUAAAAAUUAAAAAAAAUUAUAUGAGCUUCAUGGGACGGAAUCACCACCUUCUCUUACAUACUUCAGAUUGUAGCCAUACUAAAAAAAAAAAGAAAAGAAAAAAAAGGCAAAAAAGGCUAAUGACAUUUUUAUCAGUAUUGUGAAUAAACUUGAACACAGAUACUCGAAGUUCCAUGUCUUGUCUUCAGUUCUAGAAGUUUUCCCUCUUCAAGGUAAAGCGACCAACUUGAACUCUCUCUGGCAACACGAUUCACAGUUCUAUAAGGGAAUCAGUGUUCACGUCUCUGUAUAUAUUUAUUUAUGUGUAAUUUAAUGGGAAUUGUAAAUAUGGUGAGUCUGUUUUAAGCCUUUUUUUUUUAAUUUAUCUGGUGAUCUCGUUUACCUCUUGUUUAGUGGGUUUUGAAUCUUCCCUAUUAGUUCUUCAUGUGGUUCAUGGUACUUAUUUAGGAAUCCAAGGUUUGGGGGAUUUUUUUUUUCCUCUGGUAUUCAUGAAUUUAGCCCUGUUGUAGCAUGUUAAAGACGACAAUGAAACAGCUGAACAAACAAAAAAAGUAAAAUAAAAUUUUAUAAGUAAUUAGUAUUACAUUUAGCUUUUCAUUGAACUGAAAGAAAAAAGUGAUAUUGGACCCUGGAAAGAUUUUUAACUUGAGUGGUUUGGCAACCGUUCUAUGUAUUGUGGGGAGAAAAAAGAAAAGUUUAUUUUAUUCCACUGUCCUCCCUUAAAAGCAUCAUUUGAGCAAUAAAUGAGUAUUGUCUUUAAACCAAGGGUUAGGGAUUUCCCCCCCCCCCUCUUUUUGUUUUAAGAACUUCAAACAUUUGGGACCACCUGGUAUUCUGUAUUUUCACUGGCCAUUUUGGAAGCAGUUCUAGCUGUAUUGUACUGAGUUGUGCUGGCAGUAGUUUCCAUGCCUGUCAAUGUAUCAUAGUCCUUUGUUGCCCAGAUAAAUAAAUAUUUGAUACGCUUUAUGUCGAUUUUUUUUAUUCAGUGGCUGUCUUUACCCAGGCGUAUUUUUGUUCUUGGCAGUAUUUUUUAUUCAGUAUGGUUACAGUAAUUGAGUUUAACCCUCCCUUGGCAAUUGCUCCUUGCAAUAAGCAGCUGAACCCAUUGUUUCCCUCAAGUAUAAUAAAAACUUACUUUCAACUUGGAGUUCAGAGCAGGGUAUCAUUUAGAUAUUCCACUGAGUCUGUAUUCAGACAAAUGACACAAUAAAACCCAAUGUAUUCGUUUGGAUAAAAGAUUGUUUGUACUGCUAAAGGAAUGACAUACUAUCUUUUCCU